GGUGGCGUGGGGCGGGAGGUGUAACAUCUCGAAGCUUCGAAAAGAGCGGGCGACAUCCGGGCAUUUGGGGCCGUCGAGCAGAGGCGCGCCUUGGAGCGCGGCUUGUUAGGGCCCGCGGCCAUGCUGAAGUGCGGGAUGAGCGGCAGUCAAGUGAAAGUAUUUGGGAAAGCAAUCCAAGCUCUAUCACGAAUCAGUGACGAGCUGUGGCUAGACCCAUCUGAAAAAGGUCUUGCUUUAAGAUCUGUGAAUUCUUGUCGAUCAGCAUAUGGAUGUGUCCUGUUUUCUCCUGUGUUUUUUCAACAUUAUCAAUGGUCAACCUCAGUGAAAGUAAAUGAGAAUGAUUCGACAACAUCAAAUUUAAAUUGCAAAUUGGGAAUGAAGUCAAUUCUGCCCAUCUUUAGAUGUCUGAAUUCCCUUGAAAGAAAUGUAGAGAAGUGCAAAAUAUUCACCAGUUCUGAUCUGUGCAAAGUCGUCAUUCAGUUCUUCUGCAGACAUGGUAUUAGAAGAACUCAUAAUGUGUGUUUUCAAGAAAGUCAGCCCUUGCAAGUUAUUUUUGAAAAGAAUAUGUGUUCUAAUAUGCUAAUUAUUCAACCAAGAGUGCUUGCUGAGGCAGUUGUUCUUUUUACAUCAAGUCAAGAAGAAGUUACUCUUGCUGUUACCCCACUCAGCGUUUGCCUUAAGAGUUCCAGUGAUGAACCAAUGGAUUUGACCAGUUCUGUGUACAGUGAAAUGUUUGUUGGCCCAGAUGAGUUUGACUUCUUUCAAAUUGGAGCUGAUACUGAAAUAACAUUCUGCUUCAAAGAAUUAAAGGGAAUGCUGACAUUUUCAGAAGCUACACAUGCUCCUAUAGCCAUUCAUUUUGAUUUUCCUGGGAAACCUAUGGCUUUAAGUAUCGAUGAUAUGUUAUUGGAAGCUAACUUUAUUUUGGCUACAUUAGCUGAUGAGCCAAGUAGAGCAUCUUCUCCACCAUCACUGUGUCUUUCACAAAAACAAAAAAGGUCUGAUCUGAUGUGUUCAACAAACAACAAUUCAAAGACUGGCAAAAAUGCAACCAGCAAGGCCCCAGGAUGUAUCUUGAGAAAAGCAGCACCCAAAAGGCUUUAUCCUAAUGAGACUCAAACAGACAUCCCUGCAUUGGAAAACUGUGGCAGCCCUAUAAUGAAAAGAGUGAAUGAAGACAUUAGUGAAGUGCCAGAAAGCAGUGUCAGCGACACGGAGGAGGGGCCAGGGUCUUCAUAUCUAAGGCAGUUUUCUUGCAUGUUCUUUGGAGCAGUUUCUUCUGACCAGCGACAACACUUCAACUACCCUUUUGACAGUCUGGCAACAGCAAGUGACAGUGAAGAGGACAUGAAUAAUGGCAGUUCUUCCACAUUCUAACACUUAAUGAUGGCUCCAUUGGCCCCCAGGUCCAAGUGCUAGCUCACUUGCACCUC